AUUUCUAGUUCCGAGUUUUUUAGUUCAGAAAACUCCCGAUUCGUAAGGUGUCGAGGGUUUCCUGGAGAUCGAAGCGAAGGCAAAGAAGGAAGUGGUAAUGGAUGUUAUUAAGACACAGCAGAUCUCGUCGAGGCCGAUAGAGAAGGUCAUAGUUCAUCCUCUCGUUCUUCUCAGCAUCGUCGACAAUUACAACAGAGUCGCCAGGGAUACUCGGAAACGUGUUAUUGGGGUUCUUCUUGGGAGCUCCUUCAAGGGCACUGUUGAUGUCACCAACAGUUAUGCAGUGCCCUUUGAAGAAGACGACAAGGAUCCCAGCAUCUGGUUUCUUGACCACAACUACCAUGAAUCAAUGUUUUCCAUGUUUAAGAGAAUAAAUGCCAAGGAGCAUGUUGUCGGCUGGUAUAGUACAGGUCCGAAAUUGCGAGAAAAUGACCUAGAUAUCCACGGAUUGUUCCAUGACUAUGUUCCGAAUCCUGUAUUGGUUAUCAUAGAUGUGCAACCAAAAGAACUUGGCAUACCCAGCAAGGCUUACUAUGCUGUAGAAGAGGUUAAAGAGAAUGCCACACAGAAAAGCCAGAAGGUGUUUGUGCAUGUGCCUUCAGAAAUUGCUGCUCAUGAAGUUGAGGAAAUUGGUGUGGAGCACCUGCUCAGGGACGUGAAAGAUACAACAAUUAGCACCCUUGCAACAGAAGUCACUGCCAAACUUGCAGCAUUGAAAGGUCUCGAUGCAAGGUUGCGAGAGAUACGGGGUUAUCUUGAUCUUGUUAUUGAUGGAAAGCUCCCUCUAAACCAUGAGAUUUUGUACCAUCUACAGGAUGUCUUCAACCUACUUCCAAAUCUCAAUGUGGCUGAGUUAAUCAAGGCUUUUGCUGUGAAAACAAAUGAUAUGAUGUUGGUUAUUUACCUUUCUUCUCUUAUCCGGAGUGUAAUUGCUCUUCAUAACUUGAUCAACAACAAGAUGCUCAACAAAGAACAUGAGAAGGCCGAAGAUGCAAAGCCAGCAGCUAUUCCAGCUGCGGCUGGAAGCUAAUGGGAUUUCUUAUCAGCAUGGAUGUUAAUGCCAUUAAGAGAGUUCGAGUUUUGGGGGGCCUAGUUCCAAUUGUAUGAUUAUUCAUGGCGUACUGUCUUGAGAAUUUUGUAUUCUGUAAUAGGAACAAGAGAUAGUGUGGAUCCUAACCUUGGAGAUCCAGCACCCCAAUUGAUUUAUUUGGAUGGUUAAGAGAAUUUUGCUAAUCAUUUCUGAAUUUCAUAAUGCAGAAGGGACAACCUUAAUGUGAUCAUUGUAUAAGAGUAGUGAUUUUGUAGAAAUGUUUAGCCUGUGGUUUCAUUCUUGCCA